AGGGUUGCGCAGCGGCGCGUUCUGGGAGCCGAAGAGACCGAGAUCUUCCCGGGCUCUUGAGAGUGUUACCUCUUUCGCGGCAACAAUGGCUCGGGUGUCUCGCUCGCGCAGCCCGGAGUGGGAAGCGUCGCAGUUCGUCGAAGAGCCCCGAGCCCGCGGGGCGGCCGCUCUCGUUCGCACUCUUGCUCUCGGCCCGGGGACCGGAAUGGCCUCGGCCAUCAGCUGGGUGGCCUCGGCCAUCAGCUGGGUGGCCUCAGCCGAGGCUACCGAAACCAGCUCUGCGGCCCUGGCUUGCGGUGUCGUUCGCGAGAGCGUACCUCGGCACCUCGGUGCGCCCCUUCCGCUUCUGCGUCCUCGUCCGCUGAGCGCUGCCGCCACUCGCGCCGCUGCGGGAGCGACGAGCCGGGACCCAGCCUCCUGGACCGGGAGGAGCUCUGAUGAACAUACACCAGUAGAGGAUGAAGAGCCAAAGAAAAGCACCACUUCACCUUCUACUUCAGAAGAAGAAAAGAAGAAGACGACGAAGUCUAGUCAUUCAAAAGAAAGACCCAAGAAAAGGAGGAAGAAAAAAUCAUCUAAAAGAAAACACAAGAAGUAUUCUGAUGAUAGUGACAGUGACUCUGAUUCUGAAACAGACUCCAGUGCCUGGCAGUUUCACAUGAGGAAGACAGUAUGAAGAAAGCCAAGGUCUGACCGCUUCUUUUCAGUGAUCCAUUAAUCUGGAAUAUUAAUCAGGGCCUCCCUCUUGCUUCGAGCAGCAGUAAACCAAAAUGUUCCCUUUUAGUGUUUAAUCGUCAGAUCUAGGGUCCUUUCAAGGACGCUGAAUGAGACAAAAUACAUUUGAAGGCAUAAUUGUCACUUCUGAGCCGGGGAAGACACAACAAUAUGGCUCCUGUGGUGGGGGGAGGGGUGAAAAGGGAGAAGAGCCUCUUUCUGGCCUCGAUGGAGGCUCCUCUUGUGUUCCCUUUGAAGCAGCAGUUCCUUUGGGCCAGAAUGGUUUGUUCCCCUAUAUCCUUCACAAAAAGGGAGGGUAGUGAACAGAAUCUGGAGCAUCUAGAACAAAACUAGGUGAAUAUUUGGAUGCUACCUUCCCAUAAAGCCCUAUGAAUAGUAAUUUCUUAGGAAGGUUCCUUUAGAGUCCAGGCUUGUGCUUGAGCUCCUCAUCAUGAAUGGAGCUCGGCCCCAUUUUGCAGCACACUGUUCUCUCACUAGCGACUUUUCCCACCUCAUCUUACAUGUGUAUGUAUCUGAGAAGUGCAGGGUCUAGUGAUAGUGCUUAGGGACGUCACCUCAUGAAAAGAGACCUUCUUGACAUUCCUUAGCAAUUCUUAUCCAUAUAAUACUAACCCCAUUUGGCACAUAAAAACAAGUAUACAAGAGAAUCACAUCUUUACUGA